AUGGCGGAACAGGCGAAGAUUUUGUUCGCGGAGGCCGAGGAGAACAAUCUGGACGACAACGUGAACGAUGAGCGGUUUGCCCGGUGGUACACGUGCAGUCUGUGCGAGCAAGACUACCACGGCGUCGUGGCGUGCGCGCUUGGGUGGGCGUGCUGGAAGACGUACUUGGGGCGGCCGGAGGCGGACUGGCCUCGACAAUCCGCGAUGACGCAGCUUGGGCACGGUUUAUCUCAUGCAGACCACUACGCGGACGCGUUGACCGUGAAAGAGGCCGAGUUGUCCAUGCGGCGGCGACUUGGCCAGCCGAACGGCGUCAUACUUGCUGUGCAGGGCAAUAUUGCGAUCACGUAUCUAAAGCUUGGACGGCUUGACGAGGCCCUGCGCAUGCGGCGGGACAUGUACUCUGAAAGUUUGAAGCUCUUUGGCGAAGAACAUUCGAUUACCCUCCUUGCAGCCCUCAACUACGGCUCGUCGCUAAAUCAACUAGAUCGAUUCAAAGAGGCCAAAUCACUCUUUCGCAAAGCGGUGCCCGUGGCGCGACGGGUUCUCGGAGAAAAUCAUAACACCACGUUCAACUCAAGGAUGAUCUACGCGCGGUCGCUCUUCCGGGACCCUAGCGCCACGCUCGACGAUCUCCGCGAGGCCGUGACGACGCUCGAGGAGACAGAACGGACCGCGCGACGCGUGCUCGGUGGCGCGCACCCGGCCACAGCGGCACAUGAGGGAGCCCUGCGAAAAGCGCGAGCCGCGCUCCGCGCCCGCGAAACGCCGUCGGAGACCUCGUAA